CUUGUGUGAAUCGUGGGAAUUGUCUCCUCAAAACUAGGUGUUUUUGUGUAACAAGAAGGGUAUUUUCUGCUUCCAAAUGGAGGUUUAUGAGUUUAGCAAGACGUACGAGGAGAGAUAUCACGAGAUACACAGAGUUUUCGUGGGUGCUGAGAAGCCUUUGCCCGCUUCUCGGGUGUCUUUUGAGUGGCUAGUAUUCUUAGAGAAGUUCUUCGAUGUCGCUGACUGGGAGGGCUUGUGGAAAAUCCCUCAGUUUCGCUGCGAGCGAAUGAAUGUCAAUUACCCGUUUCACCUUCCCGGAACUGUGACUGCAGUGGACUUCACUACCGGCGUGGCGGAGUUCUCGACUAAUGAUGAGUUCCUGGAGGAAGGGGAUGAGCUACAGAGGGAGUAUAAGGUGCCCCUUGAGCAAUUGUGGGUGGGUGUGGAGCAGAAAGACUCAAAAUUCAAGGCGGAUGAAGCUGCAGAGGCUGUGGAUUCAUUCCGAUACUUUCUCACUUAUAUCUGGCUUCCCUGGGACGCUGAGGAGGAUGAGGAGACUGAUUACUUCGACAAGUACGUCCUCAUGCGGCUGCAGCUACUGUGCGACAUGAAGACGGGGAAGAUCCGACGCUCAACAGCUGCUCACAUCCGGGAGCUUCUGGUCGAGACACAUCGCCUGAACGAGAUUAGAGGAAUUGUAAAGGAAGAGGAACCAAGUGAGGAGAUUACAGACAAGAUGGACGUUCUGGUGAAGAUUAAUGCUCAGAUGAACCUGUUGCGGAGCAAAUUGGCGAUGCUGCAGGAUGGGAAUCUCAGGGAAAUCUACGAAAACAUUCAUCUGGACAUUCCAGAGAACUACAACAGCAUCAUUGUCACGGAGUCGACUGAUAAAAUGUCGGAAAUCUUGAAGCUCGUGCAGAAUAUUGAUUCAUCAAGGUUCUGUGUGACUCUGCAGAAUGCCCUGAUGACCUCCAAUGCCAGCGACAAGAUUCACAUCGCCUCUGGAAAGCACGUUAUCACAUUUCGGGAGUACUUCAACAGUCAGGGCGCCAUCUCGGGCGUGAAGCAACUGAAAGAGGUGUCGAGGAUGAAUCCCAGCGAUUGCAAGAGCAGUCUCGUGCCCGUCAUCUGUUCAGAGCUGCAGGAUCACUUCCUCAUCAUCUGCAAUGGCGAAUUCACGUUCGAGAACAUCAUCUUCGACUGCAGCAACGUGAAGUACGGCUUUGUGUGCCAGGAUCAGGCCAAGCUGACGCUCAGGAACUGCGUGAUCCGGGGGAGUACGAAGCUGAGCGAGUGCGGAAUCGACCUCAAGGGCAGCGGCUCAGUCACCCUCUCGAACUGCCUCAUCACCGACUGCUUCUAUGGCAUCGGCAUGAAGAGCGGCACGAAAGUCGACUUGAUCUCCACGGACAUCGUGAGAUGUGAGUACGGCAUCUUUCUGGAGGAGGACUGCGACGUCACCCUGGAGGAUUCGAACUUCAAGUGCUGCACCAACUACGGCAUCUACCUGGAGCGCUUCAAGAGCGAUGCAGAGAUUGAGGAGAAAGAAUUCAGCGAUCUCAGCCAGCUGCAGAAUUUGCCUGGAUUCCAGAUUUCUGGGACUUGUGAAGGGAAUGCUUUGGUCGAAGUGGAAGUAAUGGAAAUCGAAAUCAUUGAUGAGGAUUGAGAGCUGCAGCAUUCCAGAAUGUAAUUCUACAAGCAUGUAUUAAUGGUUAAAUUUUUCAGAUGUAUAAA